AUGGUCCGUUUUGAUAGUGUGCUUCAAACCUUACCGUCGAUGGUUCUUUCCAUCAUCUUCUUCUUCUUCUUCGCUAUGAUCAAACCAGCACUCUCCCAAAAUUUACCGGCCAUAACAAAGCCUGGUUGCGCCGCCACGUGCGGCGGCGUAAGCAUCCCAUAUCCAUUCGGCACCACAGAAAAUUGUUACCGAAGCCCCAGUUUCAUGGUCGUCUGCAACGAAACAUUCAGCCCCCCACAAUUGUUCUUAGGAGAAAGCACAAUGCAAAUCCAAAAUAUAAGUCUCGACGAAGGCCAACUGACAGUGAUGAAGCUCAUAGGGCACGUUUGUUACCAUCCCAAUGGCAGCAGGGCUUCCAUCACUGAAACUAGUACAACCUUGCUCACACAUCUUACAAUCAGUAAUACAGCUAAUAAGGUCACGGUUGUGGGAUGUGAUGCAUAUGGAAUCGUCUCCGGGCAGCGGCUUGGCCGGAGUUACCUGACGGGUUGCAUGACCACGUGCUAUACACGUGAGGAUCUGAUGGAGGGCUCCUGUACGGGUUCGGGCUGCUGUCAAACUUCACUUCCCCAAAAUGUUUGGGAUAUGGAUAUUGAUUUGGGCAGUUUUAGUAAUUACAAAAAUGUUUCUGAUUUCAACGAUUGUGGAUAUGCUUUUGUUGCUGAGCAAAAUGCAUUCAAUUUUUCAUACCAAAGCCUCAUCGAUUUGAAGAAUGUUACAAGGCUCCCUAUGGUUAUUGAUUGGGCAAUGGAAAACCUGACUUGUGCUGACGCGGCGAAAAUGGGAACUGGCAAUGUUACUUAUGCUUGUUUGAGCUCCAACUCCACCUGCGUCGAACCGAUACACGGGAACGGGUAUCGUUGUAGUUGCCUCGAGGGUUAUCAAGGAAAUCCGUAUCUCGUCGAUGGUUGUACUAGUAUGUGUAUAUAUGCCCGUGUUUCUUGUUUUUUUUUUUUUUCCGACUCUUUCAUAGUGUGUGUGCCUAUAUAUGAUUAUCGUGCUUUUUAUCAAUUUGCAGAUAUAGAUGAAUGUAAAGAUCCGGAUCUUAAAAAGGCGUGUGGUGAUUAUGAAUGCGUGAACAAUGAAGGCAGUUUUGAGUGUCGUUGCCCGAAAGGGUACCGUGGCGAUGGGAAGAAGACUGGUGUAGAAGGUUGCAGGCGUGGUGAAUCGCUUAUACUAAGAAUCGUUGCAGGUUUUUUUAAUAUAUGUCUAAUCUUUCUUGUUCAUGAUGUAUGUUCGAAUAAGAUAUGUUAACUA